GUACGUAUAUUUGCGAUACAAUGUCCACUACAAAGUCUAGGGAAUUUAAUUUUGCCGAAGUGAAUUCUAUCUUGAUCGAUGUAUAUCUUAACAAGAAUAGUAUAGAAGCACAAGUAAACCGAAUACUUGAACAUAAUUUGGUGUUCGAAAAUAAGAACUAUCAGCAAUGGUUGCUCAGAGCAGUCUCGGUCUUAGAUUUGACAACUCUAUCUGGUGAUGACACAAGGUCCAAUGUAAGAAGACUGUGUGCAAAGGCAGACAGACCAUUGCCAGAACUUAAUAUUGAUAUCAAAACAGCUGCAGUAUGUGUAUAUCCAAGCAGAGUAAGUGACGCUAGUGAUACCAUUAAUAGAAUGCAAAAGCAAGAUGUAAAAAUUGCAUCAGUUGCAACAGGAUUCCCCUCAGGCUUAUAUGACAUAGAAACAAGAACACUAGAAAUUAAAUAUGCUGUAUCAUGUGGAGCGCAUGAAAUUGAUGUGGUUAUAGACCGAAGCCUGGUGCUAACAGGCCAAUGGCUGAAGCUAUUUAACGAGCUGAAACAAAUGAAGGAAGCAUGUAAAGAUGCUCAUAUGAAAGUGAUACUUGGUGUAGGAGAACUGGGGUCUUAUGAAAAUGUGUACAGAGCAUCUAUAGUAUCAAUAUUAGCGGGUGCUAACUUUAUUAAGACGUCUACUGGCAAAGAGGCGGUGAAUGCAACUCUCCCUGUUGGCCUUGUAAUGUGCCGUGCUAUAAAGAGGUGUUACCAGGAUUAUAAUAUUAAGGUUGGUUUAAAGCCUGCGGGUGGUAUUAAAACAGCCCGUGAUGCCGUCAAUUGGUUAAUUUUAGUCCAAUCCGAGUUAGGCCCUGAGUGGGUAACGCCGGAGUACUUCAGGAUUGGUGCCUCCAGCCUAUUAGAUGAGAUUAAAAAGGAAUUAAAAUUGUUAUCUACAUUACCGGAUGUGCUAAACUAACUAUUCAAUUUGAGGUUUAGUCAAUGAAGUUCAUUUCUGUCAUCUGUCAAACCUGUCAAGUUGCCGGUAACUGUGACAUGAAGACAUUCCCUCUGACUAGGGCAAUUACUCUCUAAAUUUUCAUAAUUAUUGGCAGAAUUAAAUUGUGCCGACCCUGUAUUUAAACUAUAAUACAUACGACGCUGAAUGGCGCAUUUUCCUAAGAAAUCCAAAUGUAUGACAGUUACAGAGUAAUGCAUUACGCUCGUACUUUGUAACUUCCAAUAGGGACAGAUACCGAUCCUAAAGUUUUUGUAUGCCACUUAUUCGCGUGUAACAUAAACUCAAUAUUAAGAUAUUAAAAGUACAGGGCUCUUAUCCGUCUGAUUCUAUAGAAAUUAUCUCUGAAAGCUUUCGUACAAAUAAUACUGAUUGUGGAACAAUCGUACUUUUUAAGAAAUAUUUUUAAUAAAAAAUAUUUGAAUUGUUAAUGCAUUUUUGUACCGUUUUUUAAGAGAUGUACCAUUUUAAAAACUUAGAAGUAAGAAACUUAGGUCGUAAUUAUUUUUACCAAAAAAAGAAAUAUUUUAUAUGUUUACAUGUUUAAUGGCAAUGUUGUUGACAUUUAUAGUCUAAUAAAUAUUAUAUAUA